AGGCUGUAGUAGAUAAGACCCUAGGUUGCCUAGGACGCCCCCUAGCCCCUAUCGCUCCGCCACAACCGGCAUUCACCCGCGACCUCUAAGCCUCGCUACAACCCCAGCAGGUCCCCGUCAUGGAACAAGUAAAAUUCUGCCUGCCUUUUCGUUCAAUCGGCACAUGGGACACGAGAUCUCUGUCCACGAACACUGCGAAAUAGUGUCGGAAACCAGAUGGAAUGGCCGAUCUCGAGGCCCAGACCGAGGCGGAAGCGCCAGGCUCCCAGACAACAAAACGUCUGAUACCGCGCCGAGAACUCAUACAACUCAUUCAGAUGCUGGCUGAUUCUGUCAAAGUGGUACAGUCAAUUGUUGAAGUCGAAGAUCAAGCAAUAUCGAACGAAAACGACAAGCAAAAUGUCCCUCAAGAGAUGCAAACAACGUUGAAGUCGGUCGAUCAGAUUGCCGUGGAAGGUUGUACCGCUGAUGAAGAGAAGGAAAAUGUAUCCAGAGUGAUCAUCGCCACGCCAGAAGAGAUUGCCAGUCGAAAGACCCAAAAUCUCCGGGAAUUUGAGAGGCUUUGUACGGCAACCACUCGCAAUGAGGACACGAUGCUGGAUCCUUGGAGAGCCUUUCAGCACCUUGACUGGGAGCUCACUUCCAGGGGAUAUCGCGUUGCGAAAUCGCGAACGGAUGCAAAUCCCAGCGAACAAGACGUCCCUGCCAUCAUCCGUCACUACAUGGAGAACUCUGAACUGCGACUCGAAGUGCAAAAGGAGUUAUACUAUGGUCUGUCUCGAUGGUGGUGGUCUUACAGUAGCUAUAUUCCCUCGACGUUGGAGAUUCGUCACCAUGGCAUUCUUGACCUGGCUCCAUGAGUUGCCCUCGUUGGCAUGCGCCUCCCGGAGGUUCAGACAGGAGCAGCAGUUGACAUGACUGGCUCCAAAGAUGUGACCCUUUUACGCAUUUUGACGAUACUCCUAGACCUGCAGCCCUCUGAGGGUGCGUCUGACAGCUAUGGCCCAUGGAGAGAAGGAGAAUACUGGGGAGAUAAGGUAACCGUCGGUCAAGCGCUAGAUCAAUGUUAUCGGUUCAAGGUCCUCGAGGAA